UCGUCACGGUGUGUUGAUGGCGUUCCCGGGACCUCGGAUAUCAGAGUGAUUCAACUUGGUCUGGUACAGUCGAUCGUGUUUGACAAGGCGAGUAGUAUAAAAACGGAUAUAAGUGUCUCGAGAUAAUGGAAAUGGCAGAAGUUGAUGAAGUUGGGGAUCCCGUCAACGAAAAAGUUAUGGAGAAAAAGAGAGCCAAAUUUAAAGAGGUUCUGAUUGAUCUAGCCAUGAAGACAACAGUUCAUGGAGUGGCACAUAUCGUCUCAGCAAACCAGACAUACAAGAAGGUUUUAUGGAUAAGUCUUUGCUUGUUGACGUAUGGAACCCUUUGUUUUCAGAUCUUCAAAUUGUCAUCAAUAUUUGUUUCACGACCAAAACAAACAUCGAUAGAUUUGAAAUAUGGAGCACUGGAUUAUCCUGCAAUUUCUUUUUGUAACAUCAACCCUAUCAAAAAGACCCACCUUAGUGAUGAUUCCAACGCUGAAUUGAAAAAAGUAUUGGAGGCGUCAGAGAUUAUGGUAAACAUGUAUUUAUCGAUGACAUUUGUAAAUCAGUCAAAUAUUGUCGUCAAGUUUUUAAAGAAAUACACUUAUUUACUGCAUUAAAAUAAUAAACCUUUAUUUGCAAAUUGUAUUCUAAUAUAUUUCAUGGCAACUUUCUU